GGAACGGCAGCUCCACCAGUAUAUACCAAACAGCUCCUUCAACGUCGCCCUAUCCUUUCUUUGUGUAGAAUGCAUACAUGCAAGGGGAUGAAGACAUAUCACACUAGCAGGUUGCACCGUGGUUGACUACACAUUGUCUUGUGAUAUAGGGCGUUGCUUACACCAGCAACGAAUCAAUGUGGUAUCGUAUACUCCUAAAAUGGUAUCCGAUACGUGCAUCUCUCUGCUCUGGACCUUCCAAAUGGGGUCCGGAUAUCCAGGAUCAUCAAUUAGCGCUCACCUACGACAGCGCAAGAUAUGCCUCAGGUAACUCAAUCUGUAACGCGUUUAAGUGCUAUUUGUAUCACAGGAUGAGUGGACUUUGUGCUUGCUGAGUCAGGCUUUCUGUAGCGAUGGCCGGGAUUACCGGCUACCGUAUAAAUGAGCUAGCUGCCAAUUGCGAUGCACUAACAUAUCGGUGUCUCCUAUAUCACCGAACAUGAAAGAGGUCCUCCUUGUAGGUCUGGGUGCAGUGGGUGCAGUAUAUGCACUGGUCCUCAAGAAGAGCGGAGCGGCUCGAGUCACCGUGGUGGCCAGAAGUAAUUAUGAGAUCGUGAAAUCUGAGGGGAUCCAUUUUAAGAGCCAACGAUAUGGUGAUGUCGCCGGUUGGCGACCGGAUCGAUUAUGCAGAUCUGUAGAAGAAGCUUCUGAUCAGGUCUACUCACACGUUCUUGUAACCACUAAGACGGUACCCGAAGUUCAGACCACACCUCAACUUCUAGCUCCGCUGUUGUCACCUCCUUAUACGGACAAGUUCCCUGUUCCCGUAUUUGUCUUGCUGCAAAACGGACUCAAUAUCCACCUGGAACUCUUUCAGACCCUGAAAAAGCUUAGGCCAUUCGAAGAUCCGAAGAUCAUCAGUGGCUCACUUUGGAUCGGCACGAGGCUCGCUGCCAAAAAUGUUGUGGAACAUAGUUACUUCGAUCGAGUCCAUCUGGGAGUAUGUCGUUCCACGCCAAACAUACUCUUCAACACGGAAGAAGAAACCGCUACGCUCAACGAGAUUGGCGAUAUGAUGAAAGCGGGAGGAUCAGACAUUAUCAUUGUACCUGAAAUCCAACGCGUCAAAUUCGAGAAGAACAUUGUGAACUGUGUGAUAUCACCAUCCACAUCUCUUCCUCGUUAUCCUAUGCAGACCGUUUUCCGGCCUCCACAAGUCACUGUCGAAUCUCCAGAGCUUCCACCUACCACUCCGUAUGCUAACGUCUACGACGUGUUUAUCCCUGCUUCUUACCCCAUCAUCGCCGAGAAUACUAUCCCUUUCCUUCACGAUGCGUUUGCUGAAGUCGCUGCCGUGGGCAAUGCUCUUUUUCCUCCUACCGCAGAAGGGCCUGUGUUCGGCAAGAAGACUGCACUGAAUGUAUUGAAGAGCAUCGCGGACAUUGCUUCCAAAGCUACAAGUACUGAGAGGCUGAGUAUGCAUGUGGAUGUGGAGAUGGGCAGACCAACGGAGUUAGAGGUGAUUGUUGGCGAGGUUGUCCAUGCUGGCAGGAAGCUCGGAGUCUCCACACCUCGUCUGGAGACUCUAUAUGCCUUGAUGGCAGUCGUUCAAACGCAACUCCUUCGGGCGAGGGAAAACCACAAAUGAAGAUGCACACGUACCUAGACUGAGACACGUUAGCUCACAACCAUGGAUACAUCGAUACGUUUUGACAACACACUAAAGUAACUUACAGUUGCUCGCUUUGGUUGGAGAUGAAAUUUCUGUCAUUAUACGUCUACCCAAUCAACAUGUUAGAAUGCUCUGUAAUACUAAAAGCU